AUGACUCAAGCAACGAUUGACACAUUUAACCUCGGCCUACGGCUCCAAGCUGCAAAAAAUUACGAUAAAGCGCUCCAACUGUUGCAAAUGGCAGCCGAUAACGGAUAUGCCCUGGCCCUACAUCGCUUAGGCGAUACGUUCUUGUUUGCCAUGGGAGUUGAGAAAAACGAUACAAAGGCAUUCAGCUAUUAUAAUAGAGCUGCGGGCAUUGGUAUUAUAUCGUCUUCAUAUUCAGUGAACAAAUGUCAGCACAGCGUGGAUUCCGUUGCAGAUGUGGCUCUACCUAUCUUCCCUGCCACGUCGUCUGCAUAA